ACUGCUCUCAACGCUGGCACACCAACCGCUUACGGGGUUACUUUGUGGACUUGGCGACGACAGCCCUGCCGUUGGACUGUAAAAGCAGCGCGUAUGGUUCGACAGAGGUUGUGUCCGGGUUGUGACCGCUGCUGAUGCUGCCGCUGCCAUGCAGUCGGUGCUGGGCUCUGAACAUCAGAAGUCUCAGGAUUCUGGUCUAUCAGCACCAUGCGCCCUUUGGCCAGUGGACCUCAAGUUAACUCACUUGGACUGGAACCCUGAAGCCACCCUUAUUCACUUUCAGGGACAGUACCUUACCAUUUGCGAUCUGGACUAUAACAUCUUGCAGGGAGAAAUACAGAACAUACCAAAAACAAAAGCUGCAGUGGAUAUUGGAGAGUUUUGCCUUGUAGAAGAUUUGGCUUCAGCCCGCUGGUACAGAGGAAGAGUUCAGAACCGAAAAGAGGACUUGAUUGAUGUUUUCCUCAUAGAUCAAGGUAAUGUCUUGAGUGUCGACAUCACCCACAUAUCCUCCUGUUCAAACGACCUGUUCAUUCUACCUCCAAAAAUAGUUUGCGGCUUUCUUGCAAAUGUGUUGCUGCUUCCAGGUUGUUCUUAUUCUGUAGUGGAGGAAUACUUCUCCAGCCUGUUCGGAAGAAAUGUCACAGGUUACAUUCAAGCCCUUCUUCCCCACAAAGUCCUCGUAUUGGAAGCCCCUGAUAUCAACAACGACCUUGUUAGACAUGGGUUUGGGAGGCAUGUGGACACAGAUACCUUCCUCCUCUUGGUUGAGAUGCUCACAGAUGUACCACUCAAACAAAAUGUAGAGCCAGUUCCUGACUUACUCAUUGAAAAGCCAAGGGGACAAGAGUUUUGCUUCAAACCAUGCAGUUUGCAGGGAUACAAACACGUUCUGUCAUUCUUUGGGCCUAGAUUGAGUUGUGGGACACGUGCUAAAGUGCGAGUAACUGCUGCAGUCAACGCCGGCCUGUUUUUCUGUCAGAUGGCCAGUGCGGAAACAGAUCUUUGGGAAAUGUCAAAGAAGCUGGCUGCAGUUUGUGAGUACAGAACCAAAGAACACAAUCAGAAGACUCCAGAAAAUCUGGGUUUACUGUGUUCAGUUAAAAGCAAAGAUGGGAAAUGGUACAGAAGCUUUGUGCAGUUUCUCCCCAUGAACUCUCAAGUUAGAGUUUUGUUCAUUGAUUAUGGAUUCUUUGAAUCUGUUAAAGUCGAGAACAUCCAAAGGUUGCCACCUGAUCUCUGUUCAACGCCCAUCAUGGCAUUUCCAUGCUCGCUCUCUUUGCGGAGUGAGCAGGAUGAGGCGAACAAAACUCAGCAGUUGAGUUUCCUCCAGGCAGGCUUGCUUGGAGGAGUGUUGGAUAUGGAGAUCAGUAGUUUUGAUGAAGAAAAGCAUCUGUACUCCAUCAUAUUGAUUGGUGCUGAAGAUAAUCAUGUGAAGGAACCGAAGCCCCUUCAAGAGCUUCCCAGAAUGGAAGUUGAGUCAGUUUUUGAGACAAAAGAAUUGUCACCUCAGGGUGGCUAUUUGUACUAUGAGACAAUCAUGGCCAAAGCAUUCGGUAAAACACUGGAAGCAGAAGAGGUGCAGGUAGACACUGUCUUUGUUGCGUAUGUCGAGUAUGUACAGAAUCCAAACCACUUCUGGAUCAGAACACAAAAACGUAAUGAUGAGUUUAAAGAAAUGAUGACAAAUAUGACAGAUCACUUCAGUCAAAUGAACCUGGACGAAGACGUACUGUUGAAUCCCGAGCGGGGGACACUCUGCUGUGCAGUUUAUGAGGAAGACAUGCAUUUCUACAGGGGUGUAGUGACAGACACUCUUGAGCAUGGAGCUGAAGUUCUUUUUAUCGAUUUUGGGAACAUUGAGAAAGUGCCAAACAUGUUGAUCAAGAACAUACCAGAGGCAUUUGCCAGCAAAUCAGCUUUUGCCUUUUGUUGUACUCUUGUUAAUGUUUUUCCUUUAGAUGAAGUCUGGACCAGUGCCAGCUCUGACUUUUUCAGGCGAGCUGUCUCAAACAAAGCCCUGCUAGUCCAUGUUGUCCACAUCAGACAAAACAAAUUUGUUGUUGAACUCUAUGAGAUGGGGAGUGACAGCAAUAAGAGUAUCGCUGAUCUCCUGAUCUCUUCCAAACAAGUUGAAUGCUGGAACAACAUUUCCACAGGGCCUGUAGGCCAAAAAAACUCAGAUGUGACAGAAAAAACAAGGUUCCCAAGAUAUACUGUGACAUCAGACAUCAAUGAGAAUACAGAGAAAUGUGAUCAUUAUGAGGAGGAAGAGAACACAAGCAAAAAUGAAAUCAACAAGGCUCAAGCCCCUGCCAGCUUCAAAGCUUUAAGCAUCAAGCCAGGGUGUGAGUUUGCAGUGCAAUGCUCUUACAUCAACUCUCCAUCAGAUUUCUGGUGCCAGCCUCAAGAUAAGGUUCCAGCUUUGGAAGAACUGAUGGAUAAAGUUCAGCAAUAUUACUCAACUAACACAAUCCCCCUCCAGUCAGGGGUUAAAUGUUGUGUCGCCAAGUCACCUCUAGAUGGAAGAUGGUACAGGGCCUUCAUCACAGAAAAACAGAAAGGUCAUGCCAGAGUGAUGUUGAUUGACUAUGGCUUUACCAUCCAAAUCAAGGAGCAUAAUCUUCAGGCAAUAAUGCCCGAAUAUGUUUAUUUGGAAGGACAAGCUUUAAGAUGCUGUUUUUCCAACCUGAUUGAACCUCUUGACUCCAAAAACUGUGGGGACUGGAGUCCGGACUCGUGUAAGUCUGUGAAAGAUUUUGUCCUCAACAGCAAUAGCAGUUUGAGAUGUAAAGUUGUCUCUCAACUGAAUGUGAAAAACAAAGGGCUCUGCAAUGUUGUUGACCUCUACAACACCCAAACCCAACAGAGCAUAACAAAUUGGCUCAUGGAACAGGGCAUGGCAAGAAAAGCAACAGUCUUAACAAAGCAACUGUCAACAGUGUCACCAGUGUCUUUUGUCUACUCUUCAUAUGAUCUAAGUCUUGGAAAUGAAGAACAUGUGUACGUGACUCACGUAAGCAGUCAGUGGGAGGUCUACUGCCAACUAGAGAGAAACACUGAAAUCAUUGAAGAGCUCGAAAAGAAUAUCUUGGAGGAGAGGGAGAAAAUGAUGCAAGCCAGUACAACAGCAGUUGUGAGGAAGCUUUGCCUGGCAAAAUACUUUGAUGGCAAAUGGUACAGAGGCUUGGCACAUCCUGUUCAGUCGCCUCUGCAUCUCAGUGUAUUUUUUGUGGAUUAUGGAAACACCAACAUAUCUGAGAAAACCCACAUCAUGUUCAUUCCCAGAGACUCAGCCGAUUUGUUGUACACACCCAUGCAGGCUUUGAAAUGUUGCCUUGCUUCAGUGUCCAACAAGGAGCUCUAUGCAGAUGUCAAGGAAUGGCUUGAUAGAGCUGUCCUCAACAAGCAAGUGAAAGCAGUCAUACUUGGAAAGAGCGAAGAUGGUUCAUUUGACGUUGAGCUGUUUGAUGGAGAUGUUAACAUCAAUGAAAAGGUAAAGGAGCUAAUUUUCAGUUUUUCACCUAAACCAAAGACAGUUGUUAGUUUUGACACAAGCUGCAGAAAGACAAAACAUAAAUCUCUCCACACGGGAAAAACAAAGACCUCAGUCAAGUGCAAGAGUAGACGUAAAGGGCAGUCUUCAAAUUCUCCCUCAUUGAAUCCCCAUAGAACUACUCAAAUUUGGAAUGCACCCCCAACAGAGAAAGAAAACACAAAAAACUAUAUUCAUGGGAAAGUUCAGAAGAAGAACACAAAAAUAAAACAAAAUGAGGACAAAACAAAGAGCUGUGUCCGUGUACAACCUUGGAAAAACUCUCAAGUAAAACAGCAAAGAGAGUAUCGGGAUACAAACACAAAGUCAAAACAACCUCAACACACAAACAAAACAGACAUCCCUCAGCUCUCGUGUUUGCCUGACAAGAGAGUGAGUGCAGGCCUCAGGGUGCAGUGUUUCGUCUCCCAUAUCGACUCGGUCAACAGCUUUUUUCUUCAGCUGUCCGAGGAUGAACCUGCCAUCUUGAAAAUGGGUGAAGAUCUCAAUUCAAGUAUCUUAAGAAAUUCCUUGAAGACUACCACAUCUUUGAGAAUCGGUGACCUUGUUCUGGCUGAGUAUGAGGAGGAUGGUGCUCUCUAUCGUUCUGUUGUGAAGGACUAUGAAGGGCGUUCUUGCUUCAAAGUUGAGUUUGUCGACUAUGGAAACUCAGCAGUCGUGAGGAAGGAGAAUAUCCGCUUAAUUCCAAAGGAGUAUCUCUCUCAACCAAGAUUUAGCAUAUUAUGCUCCCUGUUGGACACAAGCACCUAUGAAAAUGAGGCUUCUUUCACUGGUGCUGUAACAGAGAGGCCUUUCAUGGUUGACUUUGUCCGUCAAUAUGGAACUCAUUGGGAAGUCAAGGUUGAGAUUAUUGAUGGAGCAGUUGGUCUUCCAGAAGUACUUGAAGUAGUUGUUGAAAGCAAUACCAUAAAAGAAAAAGAAGAGGAUGCUCCUGCGAGAUCAACUGAAUUAGAGGAGAAAGUGAGAUCCUGUGAACAGAGCAACCUCAGAAUAGAAAUGAGCGAGAAUGAAACAACUAAAUCUGAAAGGAUGAUGCCUAUUGCUGAAGGUGAAAAUGCUGAAAACAUGCUGAAAACACCAGCUGUCAAACUGUCAACCAAACUGAAUGUAAAAACUUGCAGGCUCCAUAGAAGGAGGCCCACGACAAACAAGAGAGAUUCAAAGAAAAAUCAGAGGCAAACAGCCACAUCCUCUCUCAAAGCGAUGAGAGAUCAUGCUGAUGCAUUCAUGCCUCCGAUUAUUCAAGCUAAAGCAAGGGAAGAUGGAAAAGUUCUGUCAGUCCAGAGUAAUGGGGAUUUUUAUGUCAGACUAGCUAGGACCGGUUACCUGCUUGCUGCAUUGGAAAACCGCAUAGCUGACAACCUUUACAAAUGCAAGAUGGUGGUUAAAGAGGAUGUCAAACAAGGCCUCAAGUGCUUAGUUCAGGUACACACAGACAACAAGUGGCAGAGGGCUGUUGUUCGACAUGUUGGAGGGGAAAAAUGCAAGGUCCUCCUGGUGGAUCAUGGAAUAACAGAAGAAAUUCAAAGUGGCUCGAUCCGACAACAGUGUGGCGACCUGACAAAAAUCCCAUACCUUGCAGUGCUGUGCAAGAUAAACUGCCUUGGGCUCAGUGAGGGACAGAGUGCUCACAAACUGUGGAGUGAAACUCUCAAACCAAUGAUAGGCAAAGAAGUCAACUUGGUGUUUGUGCGUUAUUCAGAAGCUCAUAACCUUUGGAUGGUUGAAAUAGUUAUGAAUGGACUAUUCCUCAUUCGUAAAAUCACAACAUCACUACAGCAAAAUGAAAGGAUGAUCCCGUCACAUGCUGAAACCCAAAACGAGGCUGAAGUGGAAGAACCCAACUUGGACACAAGCACUCCCCAGCAACUUGCCUUUGCUCCUGUUGAUAUAGACAAAGUAUACCCUGGCUUUGCCGCUGCAGUGACAACUCCCUUUGAGUUCUGCGUUGUUCUUGAAGACUUGCUUCUUAUCAUGAACAAAAUGUCCAUCAUAUUGGACGACCUCCCUGGGCAGAUGUCUCCUCUCCCCGAAGCCCACCUCAUCCCUGGCACCUGCUGCCUGUUAAAAUCAGACUCCAAGAACAAGUGGUGCAGGUCUGAAAUCGUGCAUGCCGACACCACUGUGGACCUAAACCUGGUGGAUUACGGCCAUUACGAAUUCAUGCCACACAAAGACCACUCCAAGCUGAAGAGGCUUCCGGAGGAGCUAAUGAAACUUCCAAAAGUGACGUACCCAUGCAUUCUGCGAGGAGUGAAGCCAGUUGGAGUGAACGAACAGUGGACCGAUGAGGCGACGGUCUUCUUCCAGCAACGUUUGUACCGGAAAAACCUCCAGAUCUUCUUCAGAGAGUUUGUGUCAAACACACACUGGAGGGUGGACAUUGUGGCAGAUGGCGUCCAUGUUGCCAAGGAGCUGGUGGAUGCUGGACAUGCCAAUUAUAUAAACGUCAUGCUAGGACUCAGGUUCCAGGAACAGAUCCCCCAAAAAGCCCCUCCUCAAGGCCCCGACAGUGAGGAAGAGUGUGGCCAGGAAGAUGAAGGCUCUGAUGGGAAGUCAGAUCUCUCUGCUGAGGCCACUGGGGAAGCCGAGGGGAGGAUGCCACACAGCGCUUUGUCUAGAUCAAGUCGAUGUUUCCUGAUGUGAAGGCAACCACAGCGGUUCAGUCCUGUGGCUAGAAUGACCAGCGAGGCGUUGUUUCCGGGGUGCCCAGCGUCGCAUUAUGACAAGUGACGUACACUACUUGUGGGUUGUUUUGGUUAAAUGUUUAACGCCCCCCAGCAUUUUGAGGGCGAGUGCUGCUCUAGAACCACAUUAACCUACCUUCAAAUUACCACCACUACCUUUAAUUCACAUUAAAAUGUUAUUGUCAAGACUUAGCUGUAUUUGUUUACGGGGAAACUCAUGUUUAGUUUUGUCGACUUAGUUUGAGCACUUUUGAAGAUUUUUUUACGUGAGCAGCACCAUGUUAUUUUCCUUAAAUCCACAAGUAAUUCGUGUUAGUGAACAGUUCAGAUAAUUUCAGAUAGUUUGAUAAUUUUCUCUUAAUAAGAUUGAAAAGAGCUGUUUUCUUCAUACAGGGUCUUUACAUUGAUAAGGUACAUAUUUUGAAAGUUAAAUUCAUUUUGUGUAUCCAUUCUAAACUGUUCUAACAGUGCUUUAUGUUAAAAAAAAAAAAUAGUUUAAUGAUUAGAACUAAACAUAAUGUAGCCGAGGAGACAUUCGUUUAAGUUUAAAUUCCGCAUUUAGGUCUUAUUUGUUAACUUUGAGUUUCACUGAAAUUUGACAAGAAAUUAUUUUUCCGGAUGAACAAAUAAAUGUAUCCAGUUACUAACUCCAUGAGUAAAUGCAUAAGAAGCAUAAGUUAGUGAACAGUUCACAUAUUUUGAAAGCUGGGUUUGAACGUUUUACAAUGACUCUCUUCUGCUGAACACAUCAUUUGAGUUGAAUGCAGUGAAGCCUUUUCGGGUGCAAGAAUAAAUCCUUACUGAUACGCA